AUGCACUUACUAGCAAAAAGGCGUAAACGAUUGAAAGUCACCAAUUAUAUAACGAGGAAGACCAACACGAAGAACAAGAAAGAACACAAGAACGAACGAGGAGAACACGAGGAGAAAAACACGAGUACAGCCAAUUAUAUAACGAGGAAGACCAACACGAAGAACAAGAAAGAACACAAGAACGAACGAGGAGAACACGAGGAGAAAAACACGAACGACCCAGGAAACGAGGAAGACCAACACGAAGAACAAGAAAGAACACAAGAACGAACGAGGAGAACACGAGGAGAAAAACACGAGUACAGUGACCAGAAAUAA